UUGGGCGCUGUAUUCAUAUUCGUGGCCAAAGACGUGAAGGAGAAGAUCCAGAUCCUGGAGAAGUACACGAAAGAGUGCGACUGCGGUCCGCAUUACGGGACACUCCAGAAGAUGAUUGAGUACGAGAAGCAAAACAGUUUGUUACGCGUGGAUCUGUCAAAGAGGCCGUCCGGCGCCCGCACUCUACUCCGACUGCACAGAGCCCUGGAGUUUGUCUCGCACUUCAUGCUGGAAGUGAGUCGUCUGGACGACCACAAGGGCACCGCCGACGUGGCCCGCGAUUGCUAUAAGAAAACUCUGGCCAAAUACCAUCCGUGGUAUAUACGGAAGAGUGCUUCGGUGGCGAUGUAUACGUUGCCGUAUAGGCACCAACUGGUAGAGCGCGCGUACGCGGGUCGGGUGCCCGUCACCGACGAUCGCGCCUACGUUUCCGAUAGUAUGAAUCGGUUGGCACUCGUGGCCGACGAGGUCUUUGCCGCCACUCAUAAGCUCUAUGACGAACACGAUUUGCUUGAUUUGCCUUAA